AUGUCUCAGGGUAACGGUCCAUCGGAAGUUCCCAAACGUCACGUCGCUAUCGUUGGCGGUGGUCUCGUUGGGGCCCUAGCCGCGCUCUAUUUCGCACAACGUGACUGGAAUGUGAAUCUUUUUGAAUCUCGCAAAGACCCUCGACUCUCAGAAAAUAAAGAUUCAAUUUCUCAAAGGUCUAUUAACCUGGCAUUGUCCACUCGGGGAAUAAGUGCGUUGUCAAAAGCAGGUUUGGGUCUUGACAGAAGUGUGUUGGGAGUAACGACACCGAUGAAAGGAAGAAUGAUUCAUGUGGGCAAAGGUAAGCUUAAGAGUCAAUCCUAUGGCAACACCUACGAGAACAUAUAUUCCGUGGAAAGAGAAGUUCUUCUGGAAUUACUUCUUAACGCUGCUGAAAUUUUCAGAAACGUGAAGUUCUUUUUUCAGCACACAUUAAAACGUUGUGAUCUCGAUGUUGGAUUACUCGAGUUUGAGUAG